AUGCACUUGAGGAGUGGGGGGCCCACGGAGAAUGACUCGGCGGGAAGUGUUUGUGUGAAGAUCAGAAGCUCCAGAGCAGCUGCAGUGUGUUUGGUGCUGUCGUUUGUUCUGUUGACUGCAGUCAUAGUGCUGUGUGUCACGUUCACUCUAGAGAGACGACACUUAAUAUCCAAGAAUGAAAACCUGACCAAUGAGAGAGACCAGCUACUAACUAACAUCACCAACCUAUCAGAAGAGAGAGAUGGGCUGAAAAUAAAGAACAAAAACCUGACCAAUGAGAGAGAUCAGCUACUAAACAAGAACAUAGACUUGACAAAUGAAAGGGAUGAAUUAACUAAAGAAAGAGACCAGCUCAAUCAGGAGAGAAAUGAACUGAGAAAGAUGCUCAAUGAAAUGGAUGGAUAUAUUUAUCAAUCCAGUUUUUACUUCAUUUCCUCUGAGAAGAGAAACUGGACUGAGAGCAGAAGAUACUGUACAGAGAGAGGAGCAGAUCUGAUCAUCAUAGACGACAAUAAAGAAAACGAGUUUGUUAAAAAGAUAUCUGAUGGUACUACAGUCUGGAUUGGUCUGACUGACAGUGAUGAGGAGGGCAGAUGGAAAUGGGUUGAUGGCACCAACAUGACCUAUGACACUGAACAUCUAAUGCUGAUCUGUUCUUUCAGGAUCUGGGCAUCUGGAGAACCAGAAGGACAAACAGCGGAGAACUGUGCUGUGUUAUAUUCAUCAAAGUGGCAUGAUUAUCCCUGUAAUGAUGCUUUUAAAUGGAUCUGUGAGAAAAAUAUUUAAAAAAUGAGCAAUUAAAUAUAUUUUAAUUACACUCAUAACUAUAGAGACAGAUGUGUCUCGAUUAUAAUUCACGCGUGAAACCUA